AUGGGGCUCAUAUCCGCCACAACGAUUCUAACCUCCAUCUCUCUCUUCCACAUCACGCUCGCCUUCUUCUUCAUCACCCGUCCCGCCACCAUUGCCGACCAGGGCGUAGUCUGGCUACUUGGGGAGGCUAUGGGCCUGCCCGAAUCCCGCCACUUCGAAACUCAAUCCCCCACCGCCGCCUUCCUCGGCAUCGUCCUCGGCCUCUGGGGUCUCACCGACCUGGUCUCGCUCUCCAUGCCCGAAGAGAUUGCUUUGAUCCACCACUGGGGCUCUCAAGUGCCCUUACGCCUAACCAUCUCCUUCUUCUUGACGCUCUACAGCUUCUUUUUCUCGGCUUCGUCGCCCCUCUAUGACUCGGCCGGCACCUCCGGAGGAAAGUUCAGCCACCCGACGACGUCGUUCGGCGGGGAGUAUGCGGCUAAGGAUGCGGCGGGAGAUUGGGGCUGGGGAGGCGAUGCGCUCAAGAACAGGGUGUUUUUCACCUUCAUGCUUGUCGAGACUUUUAGCUGGUUUUGGGUGUUGAUGACGUUGAAGGAGGAGCAGGAGGGGAUUUUGAAGAGGGCGAAGCAGAUGAGGGAGAAGGAGAGGGAGAGGUUGAGGUUGUGA